AUGGCCUCACUGCCGACUCAGGGUCCCCCGGUCCCUGACUUAGUUUCUGGGUUGCCACCGGCGGCCUCAACUCCUGCCAACCAGAGCACAGAGGCCUCGGCGGACAAUGGGUCGGUGACUGGCCCAGGCGCUCAGGCUGUCACGCCUUUCCAAAGCCUGCAGCUGGUGCAUCAGCUGAAAGGGCUGAUCGUGCUGCUCUACAGCAUCGUGGUGGUCGUGGGGCUGGUGGGCAACUGCCUGCUGGUGUUGGUGAUCGCGCGAGUGCGUCGGUUGCACAACGUGACCAACUUCCUCAUCGGCAACCUGGCCUUGUCCGACGUGCUCAUGUGCACCGCCUGUGUGCCGCUCACGCUGGCCUACGCUUUCGAGCCACGCGGCUGGGUGUUCGGCGGCGGCCUGUGCCACCUUGUCUUCUUCCUGCAGCCCGUCACCGUCUACGUGUCGGUGUUCACUCUCACCACCAUCGCGGUGGACCGCUACGUCGUGCUCGUGCACCCGCUGCGCAGGCGCAUCUCGCUGCGCCUCAGCGCCUAUGCGGUGCUGGCCAUCUGGGCGCUGUCCGCGGUGCUGGCGCUGCCGGCCGCCAUGCACACGUACCACGUCGAGCUCAAGCCGCACCGUGUGCGCCUCUGCGAGGAAUUCUGGGGGUCUCAGGAGCGCCAGCGCCAGCUCUAUGCUUGGGGGCUGCUUCUCGUCACCUACCUGCUCCCCCUGCUGGUCAUCCUCCUGUCUUACGUCCGGGUGUCGGUGAAGCUACGGAACCGCGUGGUGCCAGGCUGCGUGACCCAGAGCCAAGCCGACUGGGACCGUGCGCGCCGCCGCCGCACCUUCUGUCUGCUGGUGGUGGUCGUGGUGGUGUUCGCCGUGUGCUGGCUGCCGCUGCACGUCUUCAACCUGCUGCGGGACCUCGACCCGCAAGCCAUCGACCCUUACGCCUUUGGGUUAGUGCAGCUGCUCUGCCACUGGCUCGCCAUGAGCUCGGCUUGCUACAACCCCUUCAUUUACGCCUGGCUGCACGACAGCUUCCGUGAGGAGCUGCGCAAGCUCUUGCUUGCCUGGCCCCGCAAGAUCGUGCCCCACGGCCAGAGCAUGACAGUCAGCGUGGUCAUCUGA